UUAAGCAAAUGGAUAUUAAAUAAAAACCACGGCGUUUCUCUUAUUCGUCUCUGUUGAAAUACAACAGAAGAGUUGUAAUAUCCUACAAGAACCCAUUCCCUCACAAACUUACAUAUGCAACAACAAGAAGAAUCGAUCAAAACGCUAAAACCUACGAGAUAUAAAGCGGAAGGGGGGGGGGGGGGGAGUAAUACAUGAGUAAAUAGAAAAUGUACAAAAGAGUUGAAAUCAAAUACAUAAAGGAUCCUGCAGUUCAUCAAACCAAGAGCAGAGCAAAUCCUCCGAGCAAGGCUAACAAGGCCAUGCUGCUUCCAUGAACUAUGGCUUCUGAGUCAGGUGGAGGCAUAUCGGAAGUCGGCGACAUCGAUGGUGACAUUGGCGGUGGAGUGGUCAUCAUUGGAGGGCUGCUCAUAGGUGUCAUUGAUGGUGGAGUGGACAUCAUUGGAGGACUGCUCAUAGGGGUCAUUGCUGGUGGAGUAGAGAUCAUUGGUGGGGGCGAAGACAUUGGGGUCAUUGCCGGUGGAGUAGAGAUCAUUGGUGGCGGUGAAGACAUUGGAGGAGGUGUCAUGGUAGUGGUUGGAGGCAUGGACAUGGUGGGUGGGAAGAGUGAAGCUGUUGGUGACAUUGAAGGGGCUUGAGACAUGGUGGAGGACAUGAGAGCCAGCAUAAUUACCAUUACUACAAGAACGGCACAAAAGAGAGCCAUGCUGCACGAGAGAGGAUGAGGGGAAAAUUAGGACUCAGAUAGAUAGAUAGAUUACUAG